CUUCCUUCAGGGGUAAUCUAGUAAAAACAAAUAAGGCUAAAUUUUAAUCUAGCGGAUCAAAGUGGUAAAGUUGGUACAUUCACAUUAUUGUUGUAAGAGCUCUUAUCCAAUGCAUUAGUUAUCUUUUCAUUGUGUUUAUUUUACUAUUUUUAUUUUAUUUAAAGUGUACUGUGAAAUGUCAUGCAAGGGGGCAAGUCUUCAAAAAUUAGCCAAACAUGAUGUUAUUGGAUUUAGCAAUAAUUCUAUUUUGAAUAGCAUGGAACGAUUUAUUCAAACAGUGUGUGAGAUGGAAAAUACGAUUUUAAUUCCCAGUCGACUUCUAGAUUUAACAGUAGGCGAUUCACAGGAUAGGCUUCAGUUAGGGGACAAACGUAGUUCUAUUAUCAACGCAACUUUGGCUAAUACCAAUUUGUAUCACCUUUAUAACGUCAUUAGUCAAAUGAAAAUCGAGAUCUUAUGGUCACAGAAUUGUAUGGAUAAUUUUCAAGAAACAGAGAAUGAUUUUGUUGUGUCAGCAGAAAAAUUAAAACGCGCUAGGAGUUCGAGUAGUACGUCGAUGUAUAGUAUGCAAAGUAUCUAUACUUCAUCUAAUUCAGAAUCCGAUACUUUUAUUGAAAAUAAUUUUGGAGCGGAAAAUGAGAACGAUGUUAGUGCUACUGCACAGUCUUUUAAGAAGCAUUUACAUGGAUUACAUCGUAACAUACAAAAGAUGACACUGGCUGCUGAAUAUUUGAUACUAAGAUAUCAAAAUGUUAUCGAUCAUCAAACAUGAUCGUCUCUUGAACGGUUGAAAGUAUGUUAAAUAUAUGUAUUAAUUUUAUUUAGCGAAAUAUUUAAACAAAUAUCGGUACUGGAUAAAUUGUACACAUUGCAUACAUGCACAUACAUUGAUAUUUAAUGUACUGUUUUUGAAUUAUAUUUAUUAAACAUUAAAUAAAAGUUAAAAUUUGGUCUUGACCUCAAC